AUGUCGGAAAUAGGUCUAUCCAAAAGACCAAACAAUGUCAAUGACCAAGGAUCAACAAAAAAAAUCAAAGAAUUUGAAGAACCAGCGGCAAAACGACGACAGCUGCGGAUUAACUUGAAGACACCCAGUUCUUCUCUAAGACACCCCAAAACUGGCCAAACUAGAUUGCCUGGGCAUCCUAGGGGCGGUAAACCCCACGUCAAGGACGGCGAUUUUUCGAUCUGCGACCGUCUGGACUUCAGACUGAAAGCAUAUAUUGACCAAGAUGGUAAGGAGCGAUUAUUCAUGGGCGCGGUAUCAUGUGGCAGACAUCUCCCCAAUCUGGUGUCCCCGGUCCAAGGCUUGAAUCCUGGCAUAACGAUGGGAGUAUGCUCCUUGGGAAAUACAAGUCCUCUUGACGCCGCUAUCUCAAUUGCAGGAGACCAUUCCGAGUACAAACAUCUACCACAUAUGCCCCAUGUUUUUUUUAUGAUCUGCCCUUUUGCGAAGCAUCCUGAUGGUGAGGAGGGCACUCUUUCUUCCAGAUAUGACAGGAUAUUCCUAAGCAGCUCUCAGCAACGCAUCAAUCUUCUACCCGAGAUGUCCAGAGAUGGAGAAGACAGCGGUAGUGAUUUGUUGAGCCACCCUGACAUGGAGUGCCUGAUCCAGGAACGAGACCAUGCGAUUCGUGAACGAGAUCAGUCGAACCAAGAACGAGACCAGGCGAUUCAGGAACGAGACCAGGCGAUCCAAGAACGAAACGCUUUUAACAAGGUCGUCCAAACCGGGAACCCAUACAUUGGCCAUAACCCUGUCGAGUUAGUCGGAAGAUAUGCCAGCUCAGAGAGCCACGCAUUGCUGUGCAAUGGGUUCAUGAGAAAAUGGGAGGUCGAUUCCUCAGAAUGCAGAGAUAAAUUGGAAAAAGCAACCGACCUAAGUGCGCGCCACGCAGUCAUCAAAGCCAGUCUCGAUGACAUAUAUCAGAUCUCGCAAGACUUCGAUGCUCAAGCGAAAUGGAUGUCGGCACGGCACACUUCUCGACCCCUUUGA